CAUCGUCUAUGAGUGAGUGAGGAAGAGGGAGAGAGAGUUGUUAGCUAGCUCACACGCUUUCGCAUAAAACUCAAAAACCUGCACUUCCUCGUCUAUUUUCUCGGCAUUCGCGAAACAAGAAAAACUGGGUCUCCGAUAAAAAACAAUUUAUCAAAACCUCUCUUCUCUUCCCUUCAUCCAUAGAGAGAGAAAGUUUCUUCCUUUACGAUGGAUUCUAGAGAACUCCACCACCACCAGCAACACCAACACCAACAACAACUUCAGCAGCAGCUACAACCACCGCCUGGGAUGCUAAUGGGCUCCUUCAAUCGCAACCCUAACGCCUCCGCCUCCGCCUCCGCCUCCUUAAUGGGUCCCACCUCCACAUCUCAGGCGAUGAUGCACCACCGCAGCAGCUUACCUUUCGGCUCUCUCUCGCCUCAUCACCUCCAUCACCAUCCUCAGCAGCAGAUGGAUCAGAAGACGCUUGAAUCUCUCGGAUUCGAAGGAUCGCCUUCGACCCAGCAGCAGCAGCAGCAGCCCUCGAUGCGAUUCGGGAUCGAGCAGCAGCAGCAGGUGAAGAAGAAGCGAGGAAGGCCUAGGAAGUAUACUCCUGAUGCCAGCAACAUUGGUCUCGCUCUGGCUCCUACCUCUCCUCUUCCUUCUGCUUCUAAUUCCCACGGCGGUGGAAAUGAUGGUGGUGGAGAUAGCGGCGGCGGUGGUGGUGGUGGUGGUGCGAACUCUACCGAUCCGCCUGCUAAACGGAACAGAGGUCGUCCUCCUGGGUCUGGUAAGAAGCAGCUUGAUGCUUUAGGAGGAACAGGAGGAGUAGGGUUCACACCUCAUGUCAUUGAGGUCAAAACUGGAGAGGACAUAGCUAUGAAGGUAGUGGCGUUUACGCAUCAAGGACCACGAGCGAUCUGUAUUCUCUCAGCUACAGGAGCUGUAUCUAGUGUUAUGUUUCGUCAAUCUAGCAAUCCUAAUGGAGUUGUUAAGUAUGAGGGACCAUAUGAGAUCAUUUCAAUGUCAGGCUCUUUCUUGAAUACUGAGAGUAAUGGUACUGUGACCAAAACUGGUAGCUUGAGUGUAUCUCUGGCUAGACCUGAUGGUCAGGUUGUGGGUGGUUGUGUUGCUGGAAUGCUAGUAGCUGGAUCACAAGUUCAGGUCGUUGUUGGAAGCUUUGUACCAGAAGUGAAGAAACCGAAACAAAGCGCAGGGCAUGUUCAGAAUACUCCCGAGCCAGCUUCGGCACCAGCUAAUAUGUUGAGCUUUGGUGGUGGAGGAGGAGGACCAGGAAGCCCUCGGUCUCAGGGACAGCAGCAGCAUUCGAGCGAGUCAUCAGAUGAAAACGAAAGUAACUCUCCGUUGCACCGUGGUAGCAACAACAAUCAUCACGGACUAUUUGGAAACUCUCCGCCGCAACCACUUCACCAAAUGCCUAUGCAGCAGAUGUACCAUCCUCACCUCUGGCCUGGCCACAAUCCUCAAUAAACAGAGUUGGUUCAUUGCUCUGCUUCUAUGCUCCGUUUACACAUCUCUCCAUCAGAAUUAUCCACAAGUUAGAUUGAGCUUUCUUACUCUCUCUCCCAUCGUCUUCUUCUGCUUCCUACUUUCUCUUUACUUCAGCUUUCGGUAUUAGAUAAAUAGAGAGAGAGACAGAGAUGUUAAGUAGGUUUCAGGUCCAUCUUUUUUAGUUUGUUUCUUUUUAUUGUGAUGAUCAUCAAGACUUCUCCUGUUUCCUCAAUCUCUUAAAUUUUCAAAAAUCUGACUAAUUUCUCUACUAAA